UUGUUCUGCCCUCGUAUUUGUGGAAAUCUAAUAGAAAUUUUUUCUUGAAAAAUACUGUAAAAAAAUAUUGUUUUAAAUAUUUGCAUUUUGUCAAAAUAAGAAGAAAUAGAAGAACUUAAAAUAUAAAUAAACAAUUGUAACAGAAGGUUUUGUAUUAUCUUGAUAUUUUGUAUGAACACGAGCAACGUCGUAAUACAGGCAUAAGAAGUGAGGGGUUAAAGUCGGAAAAAAUUUGUUUUCAACAAUGGUGGACGCAGCACGUCAAAUGCUGGACGAGCUGAUGGGUCGUAAUAGAAAUUUACAUCCAUCCGAAGCGCCGCGUAAAGUUAGUUGGGAUGAUCCGGACUUCUGUCAGUAUUAUAUAGUGAAAUUUUGUCCACAUGAUCUCUUCAUUAAUACUCGCGCAGAUUUGGGACCAUGCACCCAAAUACAUGACGACGAAGCAAAACGUUUGUAUGAAGAAGCACGUCCAUCGCCUCGUAAGCGUUCUUACGAAGAUGAGUUUUUGCGGUUUUGUAACAACAUGUUAAAUGAUGUCGAUCGUAAAAUCCAAAAAGGCAAGCAGCGUCUGCAAUUAAUGCACCGAGAUCAGCCCGCACCUUCUAUACCACUUUCAAAGUACCAGGAACAGUUGAACAAUAUGAACGCACGUAUUAAAAAAUUGCUCUCCGAAGCCGAAGAGGCCGGCAUACGAGGUGAUGUUGAUCAGGCCAAGGAUCUAAUGGCUCUAUGCGAGCAAUUAAAAGACGAGAAAGAGGCGCUCGUUGCGCAACACGAGCAACAACAGCAAAUACACCAUCAGACAAAUGGUUUAUUGAAAGAAAGCUUGACUACGCCACCGCCAGAGAGUAAUGCGGACAAAUCAGAUGGUGAAAAAUCGCCAAGAAGUGAAGAUGGCGGUAGCGGCAGCGAAAAGAAAGUGCUGCCUUGGAUGCAGGAUAUGGGUACAUUGCCUGAGAAGCAAAUGGAAGUAUGUGAAAUCUGCGGAGCCUUUCUGAUAGUUGGCGACGCUCAGCAGCGCAUUGAAGACCAUCUAAUGGGAAAACAACAUUUGGGUUAUUCGCGAUUGCGUAAAGCCGUAGAGGAAAUACACGAACGUAGACAAAAGGAUCGCGAGGAGGAGGAGCGGAAGAGGCGCGAGGAACGUGAACAACGCAGUGCACAGCGCAGCACUUACAGCCACCAUAACGAACGUAGACGUGAGCACCAUGAUCAUCGUGACCGUGACCGUGAGCGCGAGCGUGAGUAUCGCGGACGUUCACGUGAGCACAGCAGCCGACAUUCGGCCGACAAACAUCGACACCAUCACAAAGCAUCACAUCGUAGGCGUUCCCACUCGCGCAGCAGCCAUCGACGCAACAGCAGGGAUCGUCACAGUCGCAGUCGUAGCCGCAGCCGCAGUCGGUAUUAAUUACAGGCAUUUGUACGUGGCGGAUCGAGGUACUCUCCCCAAAACAAAUUUAAUAAACUCUAAAAAUCUAGCCCAAUAAAUAAAAUGAAUAAUCUCAAGUCGAAAAACAAGGUGAGUACAAACGUAUUUUCAACAGUAUAUAUAUUUAAGCAUAUAAACUUACAUACACAUAUUUUCGAACUAUCAAACGCAUACAUACAAUUCCGAAGCGAAUGCGUACAGUAAAUCUAAUAAGGGAGUUGAAUGUAUUCAAUAUUAUGCAGGCUAUUUCUCAAUUUUGAGGUUAGAGUUGGUAGUGACGAAUGUUUUGAUUACCGUUUAGCCUAGCGUGGACUUAAUGGUUUUUGUAUGGUACAUAAACAUUUAUAAAGGGCGUCUAAAAGCAAAAAUAAAGUUUAGAUACAGAUCUUUAGAUUGAUAGACUUGCUAAUUAACUUAGCACACACAAAAAUAUUUAUUAUUAGCUUAAGUAAACGAUUUACUUGCGUUUGAAGAAGCUCUUUUACUUAACGAGCUUAAAUAUAUUAAAAAAAAAAUACUGAAUUACCAUCAAAGUUAUAUUGAUUUGAUUUUUUGCUCCAGCGAGAUAAAAAAACUAAAUCUUUAAAUGUUUAAUUGCUAGGGGAAAAGUUAUUGCAUUGGCUGAAACCCACAACACUCGUUGGCUAAUUCACUUCAUUCGACUCUACUCUGGCUUCUUUUGCUCGCGGCAUAAUGACGCCAAAAAUUGCCGUAGGUCCUGUAUCUGUCAUAAUGUAGUCUCUAUUCCGCUGCCAGCGUUAUUUCGAGGUACAUUCAAGCAAACAAUCUAGAUAAAAAUUAGUUUUAUGAACAAACAAGCUUAUUUGCAAGGUAGUUGGUUUUAAUUUUUGAGUUUUUUGUUUAACUUUUCAUAGCGUGAGUAAAAACACACGUAAACGCAUACGUUUGAGAACGAGUAACUGAAUGUCCUCCAGUACCCAGUUCAGUUGCGCCUACAAGACCAGUCCCCUUCAAACAAACUCGAUACUCGAUAACAAGGUACUUUUUUCUAUUUUUUGGAAUAUUUCUAAUAUGUAGUUUAAAGAAAAAAUCGUUGAAACAGUUGUGAUACAGAAAAAACAAAAAAAAAAUUAAUACUCGUAUUUUUCGUACUAUAUAUUCUGGAAGUCAACACGUGAAGAUUACCAUACCAAUGCUAUUUGUAGAUUUUAAGUGACCCGCGUACGCACUCAUAUUCGUACGCCAGUUCGCUACCACUUCGUACGCUCAGUAAACUGCGCACACAUUCACCCACACCGAGGUAAUUGUUUUAAACAAAAAAUCAAAUUUUGCAAAUUGCGUCUUAAUUCUUAUUUAGUAGGAGAAAAAAGAUUUUGUGUGUUGAGAAGUUAUAAAAUAAUAUGGUGGAAGUGAAGGGAUUGAAGUUGAUGUGUGAUUUAUAGUGGAAAACUCAGUUUUUUCAUACCCGCUUUACAAAGAAACCCGCCUUCUACAAGAACAUAACGCCGUCGCAGGCGCUCCGCAACUAUGCAGAACCAACGGCAACGGCACUAUCAAGUGAACAAUCAUCAUCUGCUUCCUUUGUUGGUGCAAUGCGGCAUAUGUCAACCAGCCAGGCUGCCGAGGCGCCGUCAACUCAUUGCAGGUAACAGACACCUUCCAAAAAUCAACAUUUCUUUCAAAAACACAAACAGCUGCAUACAAUCGUCAGCCCAACAUACAGCCAGAGUCUUGCAAGCAACAAUAUACUUGCAACUGAAAUAAGCAACAGAACAUGUUUGCGGUGUUAUAACAACACCAACAGCAACAGCAACAAUAGUACAAGGCAAACCGCUGGAUUGAGACCGACUGCAACCGACUGCCGUUGUGUUAGGCCGCAAAGAACGCCGUUAAACGAGGUGAUUUCUUAAACUAUUUAGUUUUAUGCUUGAGUUUUUUUUUUCAAAACAACUUGAAAUAACUAAAAAAAUAUAUAAAUUGGUAAAUGGUAAUUAGGCGGCCAAUGUAUUAUCCUACUAAAUUACUUUUUUAAUAAUGUAACUUUUUAACUUUUUUGCAAUUAAAUUCAAAUUAAAAUUGACGUAGCGUAAACGUUUUUACAAAAGCGCUUUGAAUUUGCUGCUUUGAGCGCUGCCACCGAA